AUGUCCCCAAGCCCAGACUCUGCCUCCCCACUAUCCCUGUGCUGCUGCAGCCCAUCCCGCUUCCCCACUUUCCCAGUGGACCGCUGGCACAACCCGCAUCCCCAAUUUCCCCGUAACCUGCCGCCCCAACCUGCCACCCAUUAUCCUUAUGCCCCGGUGGCCCAACCCACCUCCCCACUGUCCUUACACCCUGACAGCCCAACCCGCUUCCCAGCCUCCCUAUCAUCCCCACAACCCAGUUGUCCAACCCACCUCCCCACAGUCCCAGCGCUCUGGCAGCCCAUCCCAACUCCCCGCCGUCUCUGUUCCCCAGCGGCCCAAUCUAUCUCUCCUUCAGCCCUGCAUCCAGGUGGCACUACCCACCUUCCCACCAUCCCCGCACCCUGGUGGUCCAACCCCCCUUGCCACAAUCCCUGUCCUAUAACAGCUCAACCUACCUCCCCACCAUCUCAGAACCCAGGUGGCCCAACUCGCUGCCUCACCGUCCCAACUCGCCUCCCCAGCAUCCCAGCAUCCCAGCCUGCCUCCCCACCAUCCCAGAGCCCAGGUGGCCCAACUCGCUGCCUCAUCAUCCCAACCCACUUCCUCACCAUCCCAACAUCCCGGCAGUCCAACCUGCCUCCCCACUGUCCCAGAACCCAGGUGGCCCAACUUUCUGCCUCACCGUCUCAGCUCACCUCCACACCAUCCCUACAUCCCGGCAGCACAGCCUGCCUCUGCACCAUCCUUACAUCCCAGCAACCCAACCUACCUCCCCACCAUCCCAGAGCCCAGGUGGCCCAACUUGCUGCCUCACCAUCCUCACACCCUGGUGUCCCAACCCACCUCCCCACCAUUCCAAUACCUUGGCAGCCCAACCUACUUCCCCACCAUUCCAACCCACAUCUUCACUGUCCUCGUGCUCUAACCCUGCCUCUGCACUGUCCUAGUGCUCCAGGGCUCUACCCACCUCCUUACCAUCCCAAGCUCUGUCACCACGAUCUGGCGGCCCUACCCACUUCCCCAACAACCCCCAGCUCCAGUGGCCCAGCCCACUUCCCCAACAACCCCAAGCUCCACUGGCCUAACCCACUUCCCCAACAACCCCCAGCUCCAGCGGCCCAACCCGUCUCCCCACCAUCCUGA